CUAGGUUAGGUCGUGUUCGUGCGGUACUUUGUUUCUUCGUACUUCACUUGCGCUUUUUCUUCUUUGUUACUUCAACACCUGCACAUUGCGCCUGCCCUACAACUUUUAACGUUGAUUAAUUAGACUUCUCAUUUUGCUCAGUAUCGUUUGUUAAAAGCCAAAGUUCAAGAUUCAAGUUUUAAUUCACGCCAUUAAUUGUCGAACGCUAGAUCAUCUUUCAAUGCUAUUUCUAUAACAAAGGGUGUUCUUGCUGAGGGCCAUGAAUCCCGAAGUGGAUCCCUAUAUGAUGCACGCCAUCUUGGAUCAGAUACGGCAUCAUGCUUACAUAGAGUGCUAUCACUCGGAUGACUCUGACGAGUCCUUCCAUCAGUGGCAUUCUGGGCACACGGAGGAGGUUGGUGCGCGUGCUCAGCCUCAUCGAAAGAAAUACUGCUACAAAUGUGUGGAUGAAGCAGAUGAAGUGGCCAGACAAUUGAUUGAAGAGGAAAAGAAAGAGAAGGAAUCGUUAUUGAACAAACAACUGAAAAAGCAGAAAAAACGACAGAAAAAGCAAAGGCAGAAACAAAAAAAGAAGGGAAAUCAGAAUGGACAACAAACGCCCGAAGAUGGAAGCUCAAUUAAAGCCGAAGAAGAUGAAGAGAUCGACUUGAAUUCAGCAUUCAUAAAUAAAGCACUGGAAAAAUUGAAUAUUUCAAAACAGAAUGACACAGAAAAAUCUGAUAAAAAGAUAUUAAAUGGGAAUUGGAUUACAAAUGAGGAUCAUCCGGUUACACCUUUAGCACUUGAGGCAUUCACCUGCGCUACUAAUGGAAAUUUUAAAAGUGCCAUAGAAAAAUACACACUGGCUAUGAAAGUAGCUCCUGAAGAUUUUAGACUCUACAUUAAUAGAAGUUUUUGUUUCUACCAAAUUAAAGAAUUUCAGAAAUCUCUUGAAGAUGCUAUACUGGGUCUCACCUAUGCUCCAGACUAUGCUGUUGGGUACUUGAGAAAAGGCGAAGCUUAUUUGGGAUUAGGGAAUCACGAUUUGGCUGAAGAGGCGUUCGAAGAAGUGCUGAAGUAUGAUCCUCAGUGCCAAGAAGCUGCAAAUGAUCUCAUGUUUCUCAAAGUAAAAAAGCUAUCGGACAUGGGCUAUUCAAGAGAGCAGGCUUCUUUUGCCAUGAGAUGUUGCAAUUCUAUUGAUGAUGCUAUUCAAUUUCUAUUAGAUAAUCCAGAUUGCUGUAAAUCCAACGCCGUUGAAAAGACUCAAUCACUGCAGGAUGACGAAAUUUAUGAUUCAGAUGAAGAGGAUGAUGAUCAGAGUGAUGCCUUAUCGAUGAUUUCCUCUGCCGCAAUCUCCAGUCAUUCUGUCUGGGAUAUAUACGAUUACAAUAAUGAUCCUUUCACUGACGUGGCGAAUCCAUACAAAUGUUGCGAACUGUAUGUGGGAAAUAUAGCAUUCGAAAUAAAUCCGGAAAUAGUUAAAUGCUACUUUGAGAGAUAUGGGACUAUCACUAAUUUCAAAUUUAUGAAAUCUUCAAGCAGUGCCUUAAUUACAUACGCUAACUGGCAAUCAGCUUCCAAUGCCAUGAAAAGUCUUCAGAAUUCGAUGCUGAUUCCUCAUACUCCUAAAAUAGUCAUCAAAUAUCCUGGCACGAAAAUUGCUCCAUAUAUAAGAAGUGAUAUAAAUUUAAAUAAACCCGAUCCCAAUAAACUAAAAGUGACAGAUAAGAAUUUCUGCAGCCAAACAAUGCCUCCGCCUUCACCAACGCCAUCCCUCUCUUCUGUCAAAUCAACUCGCACUGAAUAUGAAGAUCAUUUCCCCAAAGUCAUGCCGCCAAAAGUUAAUCCUGCUCAAGAUCCUUCAAACCCAACUAACUGCUGCUCUCUAUAUGUGGGGAACAUAGCUAGCAGGAUCAAGGAGAGGAAUCUCUUGGAUAGCUUUUCAAAGUAUGGAAAGGUUGUUAGUCUGCGUAUCAUCACGGAUUCGAAUUGUGCUUUUCUGAAUUUCGAGAACGGGCGAAGUGCGGGAAAUGCCAUGCGCUGGCUGCAGAACAAGAGUCUCCUACCUGGAACUCCGGCCGUUGUCAUCAAGUAUCCCAGCAAGGCCAUUGCCACUCAGAAAAGCCAAAUGACUCCUGAUAAGCCUCUGGCAUGUUACCGUUGGCGUACGGCUGGAUUCUGUGAGCAAGGCAGGCAGUGCCCAUUCCCCCACAUCGCAAAUCAAAAAGGGAUCGCCAUGACGCACAAAGCGGUCAAAGCAGUUACCACCAGGAGAAACUAGGCUAGUUGUUGAACUUUGCUCCAAUUUACACAUGUUACUACUAUUUUUUUUUCAUCUUUAUCUAGUUGUAAGUUUUUUUUAUAAAUUAUUUUUCAUUUUUGGAAUUCAACAGUCGAUGAUACUAUGCAAGUUAUGGAGUGCACUCACUGGUACUAAUUCACAAUUAUUGUUACAUUUUGGCUUCAAUCGUUACAGCUUCGCUAAGAAUUCAAUUAGCCAAUUGCAAUGAAUACUUUUGUAUUGCAAUUGUGUAAAUACUUUGGCUGGCUUCUCUUUUGAGCCACGUUCUAUUAAAAUAGUCAAUCAUAGGGGUAUUCACAAUGUUGUUUUAGCCAGCUAAAGUGCUAUUUGAUAACUCUGGAUUGUGAACGCCACAUCUAAAACCAUCUGCUAUUAGCUAUCUGCAGUAACGACCCAAGCGGAUAAUUUGUUUGACUCAAAGUUUAUUAUAACUCAAAAGUAAGAUUAUAAACAUAUAAUGGGUGCCGUUUUAACAGAGAUAGCUAGAGUUACCAGCGCUAUCUGCUAUCUCGUCUGUUAAUUUUUCUCUAACGUACUACUAUAGCAUUGAGUUAACACAGACUUAGCAAAUAGUAGGAGUUAGCGAAUAGCUCGACUUAGCCAGCUAACUCCAACAUUGUGAAUACCCCUCAUAUUUAUGCAGCCAAUAACAGACACUUGUUAUCUUCUCAUAAGAAAAUGGUAAAGUGAGAUUGAAGACUAGUAAGGAAAAUUGCUUAUUUAUCAUAUUGUUACAUAUAUUUGUAAGUCUUCCUUGGAAACUGGACUACGUUGUAAUGCAGGUUAGCUUACCAGGUACUUAUUUAUAUGAAAGGUGCUCGUAACAUAGUCUUGAUAAUUAAUCGCUCUUACGUUUUAAUUCCGGAAUUCUUGAACUUAAUAACCAAUUCUUCUUCUGAAAUGACUUCCAAUUUUUAUUUAAUGUAUUUAUGCUUUGUUAUUUAUGGAAUAUCAUAAUUUUUUUCUCCUUAUUUAUAAUUGAAGUGUACUUAAUAUAAUAUAUAAUAAUUAUAAAUUUCAAAAUUUAACGUGGAGUGAUAUUAGAUACUAUUGAUAAAAUUUUUGAUUUUUUUUGCAUUCGUUUUUAACACUUCUUUGUACGUCUUCCAUGGAAGCUGGAAACACAAAUUAUGUAUAUGGUCUUAUUUAUAUCUCUUACCACAGAUUUUCAUAAAUGUGCUUACAUAGACUGAAGAAUUAAAUGUUUUCAUUAACAUAAUUUUGACAUCCUAUAUUGAUAUUAUUAAUUCUAUUAGAAAGGUGAAAAUAAUUUUUGUAGUUAAGCUUUAACUUCUAACUUUUUUUGUUACCUUGCUAUUGGUUUAUAGCCUACUUUACUUUUUCUCAAUUCUCUUCCUCAGAUAAUCAUAAAUAAAGUGUACUUAAUUUUAGACCUAAUAAUAAUUAUAAAUUUCUAAAUUGAUCUUUAUUAUUGUGAUACUUACCUAUAUUUUCAUCAUAUACUUUUUCAUUGUAAGUGAUGAGUACUUAUCUUCUUUUUUUUAAUUUAUUAUGAUCAAACAGUUUUCUUGCAAAUGUUGAAAAUCAAAAAUGAAAAUUCAAGAAUGAUUAGUGCCUUAAAAAAUGUUAUCAUUUGAAAGCUCAUUAUUUUGAAACCAUUACUCAUAACACUAUUGUGAAUUAAAACGUGAUGUUCUCCCUAUCAUUUAUUAGUAUCGAAGAUUACAAAAUCUGUUGAAUUAUGUUUUUUACUAUUUAUUAUUCACCACAGGUUAUGCUUCUAUCGAAAUACAGUUGUCUUGAUUCAUUUAAUUGCUUCCAAUCGAUUACGUUUAAUUCAAUAAUGCUGAUUGUAUAAACAUUCUCAAAUUGCCAAAUGUUGUCAAAUCCAAAAUUGAUUAUAAAAGCUCAAUGCAUUUGAGAUGUUGAGGCAUUAGCGAUUUCCAGGUUGAAGGAAGGCUGAAGAUUGAAUUAUUCUCUCAUCUAGAGAAUUUCUAAUUAAGAAUGACAUCUGUGUUGUGUCAAAAAUGUAUUUAAUAUCAUCUUGCUCGUGUUUCUCCUUCAAUCAACCAAUAACUAAGUACCAAAAGUAAUAUUACUGUAGAAGAUAGGUACCCCUAAUCAAAUCUAGUUGUAAGAGACUGACUGUGGAAACCGUAUUAAAAGAAUGAGUAGCUUGCUCCUGAGACUGAUUGAAGCAUUUGUUUAUGUGAUAAGAUGUAUUUUUGUAUUUGUUGUUUCUACAACUUUAAUCUUGUAAGAAUUUUUUUUCAAUAAAGUUUUCCAUUUGAA